AUGGCCAAGUUACAGAAAGCGACUCUCGAUCCUACGAAGAUCUCCGGCCGUUGUGGGCGACUGAAGUGUUGCCUGCGUUACGAGUACGACACCUACGAAGAGCUUCAGCGCGACCUGCCACCGAUUGGCAGCGAUAUCGUGACGAGUAACGGUCGCGGACGCGUGCUGAAUCACGAGAUCCUUGCCGGGCAACUGCUUGUGCGAAUGGAAGACAAUCGCAACAUCAUGAUCGAUGCCAGCGAAGUGUUGACUGUUCUAAAGCGAGGCAACGGCAGCACCGGCGGCAGUUCGCGAAUAAUCGGGAUGUCCGAAGAUACCUAUUCCGCGUUCAUGCAACUGUUGAAAGACGAUCCACGCUACCGUAUGGAAGCGUACCAGUUCGUUCGCGAGGCCCUCUCCUUCGGUCAACGCUUUCAGGACGAGCAGCACGACGAACUCGAGGAAGAAGAGGAAGAUCUCGAUCUGGAGUGCUUCGAGCAUGACGAGGACGAUCUCGACGAAGAAAUGGAAGGCUGGGACGAAGAGGAAGAAGUCGAACGCCACCUCACCGGCCAAGUCCUAUGCCAGGCCAUCCGGCACUACGCCCAGCAGCAGUAUGGUUUGCUGGCCAAAGUCGUGCUCAACUCGUGGGGCAUCCAUACGACAAGUGACUUCGGCGAGAUCGUGUACAACUUGAUCGGUAUCGGCAUGAUGCGGAAGUCGAAGUCAGAUCGCCGCGAAGACUUCGACGAUCAAUAUGACUUCGAAGAUGCGUUCGUGAAGAACUUCGACUUCGAGCUCUCGGAAGAAUCAGGCUCUGCCUAA